CGUUGCCUUCGUUGAAGCACUCGACUUUGUCGAACGUCUUCCCCUUCUUCGCUGCCAGGUGCAUGUUGAGGGCCAUCCCCGAGAAGAAUUUGUCGCUGAGGACGGCCGGCAGGCCCGCCCUAGCAGCCCCCUGACGGAGCUCCCUCUCGACCCCCUUUGCCGUCUGGAGCACCGGCGCGUCCGCCGGCUCGUCGAAGAGCAGCGUCUUGUUGCCGCCGUGGUCGUUGUAGUUUUCGAUGUCAUUUCCCGCUGACAGCACCACAGGCGCAAGAGUGUACGCACCGCCAGGCAUCGAGAGGCAAACGAGCAAAGCAA